GCCCCGCAGCAGCCGGCAGCCGCUCCCUCCCUCCCAGCUGCUGCAGAAGAGCCCAGUACGGAUCGGAAAGCCUAGGCUGGGAUCCGGGCCGGACCGCGGUGUAAAAGCGAGGGACUUCAGAGGUCGGCUCGCCCGGACUGAGCGCCCCGCAUUCCGCAGAUGGCACUUCAAAUGUCAGGGAAACAAAGUCAGCCUGGAGUAGAAAGAAAGCCAUCGUCAAGAUUGGUUGGGCUUCUCUUGGUGCCAGGCUUCCAGGGCUGCACAGAACCCACAAGACUGACAUCGACACCUCUUGACAUGGAGAUACACUAAUGUAAUAGGCAGAAAGGAACACUGGGUUGUACCCCGUCGGUUCCAGGUGGCCUUAUUUGGGCGACUCGGUCCUGACCUUAUUUCUGUGAUGGAGGAUUCAGGCAUCCAGAGAGGCAUCUGGGAUGGAGAUGCCAAGGCUGUCCAACAAUGUCUGACAGACAUUUUUACCAGUGUGUAUACAACCUGCGACAUUCCAGAGAACGCCAUAUUCGGUCCCUGUGUUCUGAGCCAUACUUCCCUGUAUGACAGCAUAGCCUUCGUAGCCCUCAAGUCCACGGACAAGAGAACAGUACCUUACAUCUUCCGGGUAGACACUUCGGCGGCAAAUGGUUCCUCAGAAGGUCUCAUGUGGCUGCGGCUGGUCCAAUCAGCCCGAGAUAAGGAAGAACAGAAUCUCGAAGCUUAUAUAAAAAACGGACAGCUGUUCUACCGCUCUCUCCGCAGGAUUGCCAAAGAUGAGGAGUUACUAGUUUGGUACGGAAAAGAACUGACGGAGUUGCUCUUGCUCUGCCCGUCCAGAUUACAUAAAAUGAACGGGUCGUCUCCUUACACGUGCCUGGAAUGCAGCCAACGUUUCCAGUUUGAGUUCCCCUAUGUGGCACAUCUGCGAUUCCGCUGCCCCAAGAGACUUCACAGCACUGAUGCGAAUCCCCAAGACGAGCAAGGGGGCGGCGUGGGCACCAAGGAGCACGGCGGUGGAGGUGGUAAAGAGCAACAGCAGCAGCAACAGCAGCAGCAACAGGAGGCGCCGUUGAUCCCGGGCCCCAAGUUCUGCAAAGCUGGCCCCAUACACCACUACCCCGCGUCAUCCCCGGAGGCGAGCAACCCGCCGGGCGCCGCGGGUGCCGGCAGCGCCAAGCCGUCCACGGACUUCCACAACCUGGCUCGGGAACUGGAGAACUCCCGGGGAGGCAGCAGCUGCGCGGCCGCCCCGGGCAUCGGCGGUGGCGGCAACGGCCACCAGGAGGCGGAGCUGAGUCCCGACGGCGUCGCCGCGGGCGGCUGCAAAGGCAAGAGGCGGUUCCCGGAGGAGGCAGCGGCGGAGGGCGGCGGCGCGGGGCUGGCCGGCGGUCGAGCGCGCUUCUCCGAGCGGCCGCUGGCGACCUCCAAGGAGGAGCUGGUGUGCUCGCCGCAGCAGUACCGCGCCGCCGGCAGCUACUUCGGCCUGGAGGAGAACGGCCGGCUCUUCGCGCCGCCCAGCCCCGAAACCGGCGAGGCGAAGCGCAGCGCCUUCGUGGAGGUGAAGAAGGCGGGCCGCGCCGUGGGCUUGCAGGAGGAGGCGGCGGCGACAGACGGCGCGGGGGGCACGGCCGAGGACCCCGACGCGGGAAGCGGUGUCGCCGGCGGCGGCGGCAACGGCUCGUCCGCCCCCGCGGCGGGGUCGCCAGGGGCCCCGGAGAAGCUGCUGGCCCCGCGUCCCGGAGGCGCUCUGCCCGGCCGGCUGGAGGGCGGGAGUCCCGCACGCGGCAGCGCGUUCACCUCGGUGUCCCAGCUGGGCGGAGGUGGCGGCGCGGGGACCGCGGGGACCGCGGGGGGUUCGGGGGGCGGCCAAGCGGCCGCUUCGGACGAGCGUAAGAGCGCCUUCUCGCAGCCCGCGCGCUCCUUCUCACAGCUGUCCCCGCUGGUCCUCGGCCAGAAGCUGGGCGCGCUGGAGCCGUGUCACCCGGGAGACGGCGUGGGUCCCACCAGACUCUACCCGACCGCCGCCGAUCCGCUGGCUGUGAAGCUGCAGGGAGCCGCGGACCUGAACGGAGCCUGCGGGCCCCUGGCGAGCGGUGGCGGAGGUGGCUUGCCCAAGCAGAGCCCCUUCCUCUACGCCACCGCCUUCUGGCCCAAGAGCUCGGCCGCGGCGGCGGCAGCGGCGGCGGCGGCCGCGGGGCCCCUGCAGCUGCAACUGCCCUCUGCGCUCACCCUGCUGCCGCCCUCCUUCACCUCGCUGUGUCUGCCCGCGCAGAACUGGUGCGCCAAGUGCAACGCCUCCUUCCGCAUGACCUCCGACCUGGUGUACCACAUGCGGUCUCACCACAAAAAGGAGUACGCCAUGGAACCCCUGGUGAAGCGGCGGCGGGAGGAGAAACUCAAGUGCCCCAUUUGCAACGAGUCCUUCAGGGAGCGUCACCACCUGUCCCGGCACAUGACCUCGCAUAAUUGAUGCGUAAAAGACUCCGGCUUUCCACGCGUGUGCACGCACAGUCAAGCCACCUGCAGGAGCAGACACGCGAGGACAUCCACCACUACCUUAUGCCCCCAAACACUGCAACCAAACACGUGCACACACAGGUCCCUCCCCUCGCCAGGAGCCUCAUCAUCCAAAUGUUUAAUUUCUCACACAGACACACACACACACACACAAACACGUACACGCACAUGCACACGCCCGGACGCACGCACGCGCGCGCGCACACACAAGACAGGAUGGUGGAUUUUGGAUUGGGUGGGUUGUUUGAAGGGGGUUUUCUUUUGAAUGCACGAAUUUUCACUUUCCCAAAAACAAAGGUACAUUUUAAAAAAUGUCAUAUAUUGCAACAUAUUGAUGCAUUUGUCAUACGUUUCUACUUAAAUUAUUAAGCACUUAUGGUUUAGAUGUAAUAAUUAUAUGUAAGGGCAAAGUUUAUUUUAGAUAUAAAGUAAUGGAGAAAGAGGAGAUGCAUUCUGCAUUUCCUGAUGACAGCUGUGUUCUUACAAAAAUAAACAAAAUGGAUAAAAAGGGGGUCACCAUUCAGUUUAAGUUUCUAGUGGGAAGUGCAUGUAUCAUGAAAUGAUUAUGGACUUCAGUGGAGAAUGUCAUCAAUGAUGUAAAUAUGUAUUUCCUUUUAAUACAAAGUGUAAUUUUGUGCCAGUGACACGGAGUCUGAAUAGUUACAUGUUUCUUUUAUCCCUAAAAGAUUUAUUAAACUUUAUAGUUUAUCCAGGUAUGUUGGAUGCUUUGACAAUAAAUAACUAUUUUCCUCAAAGCAAAUAUUUGGAAAGUUUACAAAGAUAUUUUUAGGGUCAGUCUAAUACUUUGGAUAGUUGAUGCAUUUUCAUUGACUCCUUGAAAAGAAGCAAAGAGACCCACCACAGUCUCCUUUGCAGGUAUUUACUACAAGUCAGUUUUGAGCCUAAGGGUAUUUAUUGACUGUCACUUGAAGAUUCUUUAGCUGGGAGGUGUUGGGUUUAAUGAUCAAUGACAAAUCACUUAGGCACAGUAACAGGUAACCUGUCAGGGCUUUGUUGGUGUCUGUUCCAGAAGGAAAAGAAUUAAUCUCCACUGAAGUGGCCAGUUUUUUUGGACAGCAUCUGGAAGAACAGAUUUGUAGAAAAGAAUUUCAGGAUCUCAUAGUGAUGCUUCCUCCAAGGGAUGUCCUACAUUCUAGAACUCUCAGCUUUCUAUCAUCCAUUAAGGACACCAUAGAGAAUUUGUCAAGUAAUACAAUUUGAAGUUCUGGUCAGGAUGUAUCAAAGGGCUCAGUUUCUACACCUGUGCACCAGGAAGUGAACCUGAGAAAAAGAUACUGAGGAACCAACUGGUUCUUUAUGAAAAGUCCCUGUCAUCUUCCACUACUGUCUUCAAUUCUUAGAGAACAUCUUGUAUAUAUCUGGCGUACACUGAAACCUCUACACUAAAAACCAAAUUACCAAUGAGACUUCUUACGAAGCAACCUCAGCCUCCCUCCCCCCAGAAACAAACUUCUUUCUCCAGAGAUUGAACUACAACUUCCCCCUCCCUUUCUGUUGAUUUCCCCCUUAUGUCUGCAGGAUGCUUGUGGAUAGAUCUCUAGUGGGAACUCCAUACAUGUCUUCAUUUUAAGGCUUUCUAAAAACUUUCCCUAAAGGGUUUUGAAGCCUUCAUUGUUUUAAAGCUAUCAGACAGCAAGCUGCAUUUAGAGUAGAGACCCUGUAAAGAAUAGUUGUAGGAGUAGUAAAUUUAUUCAGGACAUAUGACCACACUUGGUGAAAAAGCUCUUUGUCUACCUUGGAGUCAUUCAAAUACUAUUUUGGUACGAUAAUUCUUUGAGGCCUGCUUUCAGUUUUCCCACAUAGUCUGAUGAUUUCACACUCAACCUGCUCGGAAGUGUAAGUAAAGAAAGAAUGGUCCAAAACUUACUGGAUUUACCUGUGCUAAUGUUGGCUGGUGUCGCCAUUGUUCACAUCAUUUGGUGUACCUGUGUAUUACUUAUGUCUUCUAUAAAACCAGUGAAG